AAGAGACUGAGAGAAGAAAACGAGAGCGAGUGACAAAAAGAUUGAGAGAGAGAAUGAGAAAUAGAACGAGAGCUAAGUGAGCGACUAAGAUAGACAGAGCAGAUCAGGGGAGAGGGAGACAGAGAAGGAGAGAUCGAGAGAAAGAGAGGAAAGCAGAGGCAGAGGUCAUAGCCAUGGACUGGAAGACGUUCCAGGCCCUGCUGAGCGGCGUGAACAAGUAUUCGACAGCCUUCGGGCGCAUCUGGCUGUCCGUGGUGUUCGUGUUCCGCGUGCUGGUGUACGUGGUGGCCGCCGAGCGCGUGUGGGGCGACGACCAGCGAGACUUCGACUGCAACAUCAAGCAGCCGGGCUGCCCCAACGUCUGCUACGACCACUUCUUCCCCAUCUCGCACAUCCGCCUGUGGGCGCUGCAGCUCAUCUUCGUCACGUGCCCGUCGCUGAUGGUCGUCAUGCACGUCAAGUACCGGGACGAGCGCGAGCGCAAGUACCGCGCCAAGCACGGCCCCGACGCCAAGCUCUACGACGACACAGGUAAAAAACAUGGUGGCCUCUGGUGGACCUACCUGCUCAGCCUGUUCGCCAAGACGUUCAUCGAGGUCGCCUUCCUCUACAUCCUCCACCACAUCUACGACAGCUUUUACCUGCCGCGGCUCGUCAAGUGCAACAUUUACCCCUGCCCCAACCAGGUGGACUGCUACAUCGGCCGGCCCAUGGAGAAGAGGGUCUUCACCUACUUCAUGGUGGGCGCCUCGGCCAUCUGCAUCGUGCUCAGCAUCUGCGAGAUCAUCUACCUCAUCUUCAAGCGCGUCUCCAGCUGCGUCAAGCGGGUGCAGGUGAACCGGGGGCACGGCAUGGCCGUGUACCAGCCACCUUACCGCGACCGCGACAGUAGCUGCACCCUGCCACUGCAUGAGCUCGAGCACAAGGUUGCGCGCGAGCCGAAGGACCAGCUCCACCCAGCAGCCUACAAGGCCAGCUUGUUCAUGAGGGCCUCGGCACCCAACCUGAGCCUGGCCUAGGAGGAACACGUGUCGGGGGCGCGGACGAGAUGGACCAGAGAUGACUCCCGGGGUGAAGCUUACAGACCCGAGCCCAGUCAGACUCGGACAGUUUUCGGAUUCGAGCCCCCUGUCCUGGAGGACCGUGGCACGUAUUGGCGUUCUCCUUGCUCGAACACCGGCGCGAAACAACAACCAACACUUGUUACAAAUUAAUCCUGUUACAAAUCAACAACAAAGACUUGUUCAAAAAUGCACCACAAACCAUUACCCCUGUUUUUGCUUUAUGAACAAAAAUCAUUAUCAUACUUCAGAACAACCACUGCCCUACAUCUGCGUUUAGAUACAAAGAGACUAAAUUCUUCAGGUAGUGAACAUGAAUGUCUUUCAUAUUCUAUUAUAAACAGUUUCCUGCUGUCACAAACAUGUAAUUCCUAAAUCAAUUUGUAGUGGAACUGGGAUAUAGUGAGAAACAAAGAGUUUUCCAGUUACCUGAAGUAACUUGAACUGUUUAAAUUGUUCUGGAGACGGAUCUGGUUCCUAAUAUGAGACAGGAAGAGACGCUUGAAUGGAAAAGCAUGAUGGAGCAUGACUGACAGGAACAGUCAGUCAGAGAGAGAGAAGUUAAUGGCAAUAAUGAUCUUUGUUCUAUGCAGCACAAUGCAUUUAUGUUUUUAAAUUACAAUGGUGAGGUUCACCUGAGAAGCACCUUGUUUACUGUUCCGCUUAGUCUUUAUGCAGUUUUAGCUGACUGUUACACAAGAGACAGUUGGUGCCCAGUGCCUGAUCUGAGAACAGGUGCCUGGGCAUUUGAGCACCAGCUGGAAUGAACAGAUUUCUGGUUCUUUUUCAACAUUAAGUUUGUGUGAGGGAUGUGUCUGUGUUUCAUUGUAUUUUAUGAGCUGCCUAAGAAUGUCACUGUGAGUCAGGGCACCGUCGACUCAGACAGGCGGGUCAAAGCUGUGCUUUAGUCAGGGUAGGAAGCGAGU